AUGCCAUUUAAUUCAAAUUCAUCUAAAUAUCAAGCAGAAAACACGUUAAAUAAACUAUAUUCAUCAAUAUUAAAUACAAACUCAUUAAAACCAAGUUCUAACAACACUACAUUAUCAACAACACAAAUUUUAUCAAAUCAGUUAAAUCAAAAACAUCAACCCAAGGUAAAUAAAAAGAAGAAGAAGAAUGUCAAACAACUAGAGAAAGACAAAAAAUUUCAGAAAUUCCUUAAGUAUAAUUUUAUAAAGAAUAAAUCAGUUCGUUCAGAAGAAGAACAGAAAUAUGUCAAGAAAUUAAUACGUAGGAAUAUCAAUCAAAUAAAUAAAGCUUCCAAGAUUGAUGAUUUCGAAGUAGAAAGUGAAUUAGAAAGAGUGAAAUUGGAAUUAUUAAAUGAAGUAGGGCCAAAGGAGAAAAGAAGGAUUAGAAAUCGGAAACAUAUUGAAAAUAAGGGAAAUAAUUAUCGUGAUUUUGAAAGUAAGGGAAAUAAGGUAAAUAAUGGAUUGACUCCUGGUUUGGCUCCUGUUGAUUAUGAAUCUGACGAAGAGGAAGAAGAUGCUGAAUAG